AUGGCAUUUAGCGACGAGUUCUACGAUGAUUAUGGACCGCUCUACAGGCGGUAUAGCCCUGUUAGUUGUGCCAAUCCGACGUCCUCGUUGGUGCCGUCACGGGCUCGAGUCCCAGAGGCAGCUUGGCCUCGAAGCCGUCUCGAGUGGGACCCAGAAAGGCACUGUCCCCUUCCAGCCGGAACAGUCGAAAUCUCGCCUGCCCCGAGGCAGGUUCACUCUGGGACGUCUCUGAACGGUCACGGCGUGAGUCCUGUAGGGUUGGGGACAGCGGUAGAUAGAGCAGGUAUUGUUCAUACAAGCCUGCAUUUUGUCCAAGCUCAACGCAACUCCACUUGGGGUUGGGGCGACUGA